UCAUAAUAUAAACCGUGAUGGGGAUAAAACCUAAGCAUACUGUGGUUUUUAUCAUAGCGAUCAUGCUCAUGGUUAGCUCAUGUUUGGCUGCAAGGAAUAUACUUCCCCUGGAAAAUAAUCAAGGAAACGAAAUAAUAUACCGAGAGAUAUUAGGGAAAGAAGAAGAGUCAGCUGAUAAACUAGAACACCCAAGAAACAGCGUGGAGAAUCACCAUUAUAUCCCAAGACAAGAUUUCAACAACUAUGGACCUGGAGGUGAUAACAACGGAGGUGGUGGAUAACUCAUAGAAAACGACAUCGAUAUGAUAUGUUACAGAUAAAUAUAAAUAAUAAAAAUAAAACGUAUGGUAUAUGAUGCCAAUAGUUAUAUUAAUAUGAAUCCGUUUAUGUUUUAUUAAGCAUCAUCAUGUCACAUUAUCAUCCUCUAAAGUGAUGUUCGAUUAUUGUAUUUUCUUUUUUUUUUCCUAUGUAUAGAAGAAAAAUAAGUAAUCCUAUAUGAAAAAAAAAAGAAAUCUUUUA